GUACAAAUAGACUUGCUAACCGCGUCGCACGUUCGAAUUGAAAGAGGCAUAGGUACUCGAUAAUUGUAAUUACCCGCGAUACACUCUGCAGAUGUUUGCGCUAUGACGAUCCGGCACGGUGUUGAUACACGAAACAUCACUUUCAGAAGAGAUUUGCUCCGCGAUAGUGUUCGACGGUAACGGUUAGCUGGCAAACAUGAAGACUGAGGUAUCCUGGAAGCGACGUCUUCUGCGAAAGAAGAUUAAGUACAUGCUGGUGUGCGUGCUCGUGGUCGCCGUGAUAUUCGUGAUCCAUCAGCUAUUCUACUUUAAAGAAUUGAACCAAGAUACCGUAGGCAAGCUGAUUGCCGGCUCGGUGAAAGAUACCCAUCGUGUUGUUAUCGGCAAGCAAGUUGAUAAGUGGAAUCAACCAUAUCAUUCGAAACUCAUUCGCGACACGAAUGGUCAAACGGUAUCAUUGCGUGGUACACGGGAUCAGGAUAUAGCCAAGUAUCUUCCCAACAUCAACGGGAAAUUUGUAUGUUUUGUUUCGAAGAGGGAGAUUGAUUUUGUAAAGAUCAAUGAUGAUUAUUGUGACUGUCCAAUAGACGGUAGUGAUGAACCAGGUACUAACGCCUGCAACAAUGGUUUCUUUAAUUGCGAGAAGAGUUCAAAAAAGUCAGCAGUAAGAAUACCAUCGUACAAAGUCAAUGAUGGACAUUGUGAUUGUUGUGAUGGUUCUGAUGAAUGGUCUGAAGCUGCAGUGUUGUAUAAACUCAGUAAAUUAAAAAUAACUUUUUAUGGACCUAAAUGUCCAAACAAAUGUUAGUGAAGAAAAUGAAGUAUAAUUCAUAUCGGAGG